AUGUCCACUCAACAAGACUUUGAAAAGCUCUCUUUAGAGUUCAGUAAUUCCCAGGGUACUCUCAAUGAGUUGAUGACGGCUCGUUCCACAUUAGAAACACAAUAUCAGGAAAACAAAAUUGUUCUAAACGAAUUCGACAAUUUGAAUGAAGAUUCCAAAAUUUACAAGUUAACAGGUCCUAUAUUAAUGCCCCAAGAAUACGGCGAGGCCAAAUUGAAUGUCACUAAGAGAAUCGAAUUUAUUGAAGGCGAAAUCAAAAGAGUUGAGACCAAAAUUGGCGAUGAAGAAAAGAAGAUUGAAGCUACCAGAGAGAAAUUGAUAGCUAUUAGAAGCCAAAUGAGUUCAUAG